AUGGCGACCUCACACUCUUUAUCCUCUCCUUCGCGUCCUGUGACUCAGCUGCCCUUCUCACCGACUCCCCGCAAUGCCACUCGCACACCUGGUACGCCGACCAGGGCUCACAGCGGGAGCGUCUCCAGCACAUCCCCAAGCCGUUCUGGUUCAUUAGCAUCGCGCCCUCCGCCGAACAUGAGUCACAUAGGCGAGUCUGUUCUACCUCAGUCUAUGUCUCUUCCACCUUUCCAGCCGACCACGACGUACACUCUAACGCAUGCUACUGGCGUCUUGCCAUCAGCAUCCUUCUUCCAUCCAACUCGCCCGAGCUACCCACCACCUCCACCCUCCUUGUCGCACACGCGACGGUCCAGUGUGGCAUCUAUCGUGACGUCCGACGCACCGGCAUCCGACCCUCUGCGUCUCACCACACUCUCAGAGAAUCACUCACACGGUUCGGACGGUUCUGACAGCUUCGGGAAUUCUACGGACGAUGCAAAAGAGGAGCCUUCACUUGACCAUUCUGUGAAGUCGCCAACCGUCAAACCUAGCAGAGAGCCAUUGCUCCCCAUUGGUCCUGGGUCGCGGCAGGCCCGUCGCCCCUCUGUUGUUAUACAGACGGCGACGCCUUAUGGCACCCAUGACGGGGGCGUCAGUCCUACUGCGCGAUUGCGCGGUAGCUUUGAGAAGCUGUUUAAGCGGUCACCGGUAGCCACGAGCCCGACUCGUGCAAUCUCUAUCAAGACUCAGCCUCACUCUUCUUUGGGCGAGACAGCCCCCAGAUCGCUAGCAGGUGUGCCACGGAUGACGUUCGAAAUGAGCGAGGAGCCGCAACGCAAAUGCAGUCCGUCGCCUCAUCCUUCGCCAUCGUCCAGUACCACGUCUCUCACGUUCAUCGCCACCCCGCCUCCUGGGAACAAGCCUCCACGCGCUUUCAUGCCCGUGGUCGACGCUAGGACGGGCAAGCCCAUGCACAAUUGGCAAUUGUACCCAUCAAGAAACAGGUUCUUCUUCGGCGGCCGCAUCCUCAUUGGGGGCGACGAGCCGUGGGCAUUUGUGGCGUCGCUGGUGGUUGUUUUAGGAAUUACGGGAGUGUGGUUCGGGACGACCUGCGUGUGGUGGUGGAAGCAUGAGAGUCCGGUGGUUGCAGCGGUGGGCGCGUAUAUGUGCCUGCUGACGAUAUCCAGCAUGUUCGCUACGGCAUUCCGAGAUCCAGGUAUCCUGCCAAAGGAUUUGGAUCGUCAUCCGCCGCGCGAAUCAGGCGGUGACCAGGCUCCUCUGCCGCGGGACCUUCGAGUGCGUGCGGGAACUGUACGCACGAAGUUCUGCGCGACUUGUAGAGUGUACCGGCCGCCACGAUCUAGCCAUUGCAAGAUGUGCGACAACUGCGUCGAUGUGACGACGUUGAUUUUGGUGAUAUGCACUUCUGCGAUCCAUCUCUACCUCCUCACUCGACCACCCUUUCGCCUCGACUUUCAGCAUGCAUUGCAGACAUCACAAGGGUCGGGUAGCGCGGCUGCGUUUGUGAUGUCGAUACUGGUGAUCUGGCCUGUUAUGGCCCUGUUACUGUAUCAUGCAAGGCUGCUUCUGCUGAACGUGACGACGAUAGAGCAGAUUCGCAAUCAAGCGCACAAGUCGCUUGUGGCAGGCCCUCCGCCGCCAAACCCGUUUUCGCAUGGGUCUUGGCGGCGUAAUCUAGUAUACGUAUUGUGUCGGCCGGGAGGGUUCUCUUGGAUGGACGCGACGGCUAUUGCGACGGAGGACAGACGAGAUGUGAAUCCCGGGCUGCUGAGGGAUGCAGAGGACGGGUGGAUGGAGGAGGGCAGGGUGGGGCGAAAAGCAGAGUGA